UAAGGAAAGAAUAGUGUAGGCUAUAUAACUUCCCCUCUCAAUGAUAUGAACCAUUUCUGGUAUGACGUUCUGAGAAGGCUCUAGCUCCACGCCAAUAUUACCAUAGCCUCCAAUCGUCAUACAUUGAAACAUUUCACGUGGAAAUAAUUUCAAGCCCUCCGUGGAAAAAUGAACCAUGAAAUCACCUGUGUGGUGAGUGAUCUGGACUUUGUCUUUCCCUAGAAGCUCCUCAGUCCACUUUAUGAUGCAACACAAAAAGUUCUUAUGUAUCGAUUUCAACGUAUUUUGGGCUGCCUGGUGGUCUCCUACCUUGUUUUUUCUCCCAUUCUUCUAUCAGCAGAUGAACUUAACCACUUGAUCCAUGCAUCAGAGUCAAAUAUUACUGGGAAACUCAUAUUUCGUCAGAUGGAAGGGAAUUUAACACUCAUGCUGAGCGAUGGUGUAUUAGCUGCUGACAUCCCAACUGAUGUACUCUUUAAGUAUGUCUCACCCUGGCACACUCCUCAGUCUGCCAGGAUCACAUACAGCUGGGAUCUGGGCAAUGGAGAGUCAGUCACUGGACGGGAUCCAGUUGUGCACUGCAAUUACAAAGUGCCAGGAAACUACACUUUGAAGUUGAGAGUCGGGGCAAGUGGUAAACACUCAAGACUUAGUGGAAGGUUCACUAAAGAACUACAGGUCCUGGAUGCCAUUCGAAGCAUUAAGCUGAAAGGUCCGGCAAGUUACGGUGUGGACCAAAACAUCAGUCUGACUCUACUUGUUGGUGGAAGCUCUCCCAAAUGGAUUUGCUGGUGGAUCCUGCCUGACUGCCUUUCCACCCAUGUGACUGACUGUAGCCUUGUGGAGCUUUAUGAGAACAAGUUCACGCUGAGCCACACAUUCUCCUCUGAGGGCACCUACUGUUUGGAGAUCAGUGCUCACAAUGACGUCAGCAUGCUGCAGACUUCGUACAGCAUCCAUGUCCAAAGUGGCCCUUCUAGUCACCUGCUCUUCAUCCUGCCCUGUGCCUCGGUCAUCCUGGCCAUCCUUAUCCUCAUCACCAUCUCUGUGUGCUGUCCACGCCAUCUAACUCUAAAGAAGAAGGCAGAGGUGUCCUUAAAUGUGUCCACCUACACAACCCUGGAAAUGAAAAGCCCAGAUGGGGCCCUGUGCUCUCAGCCAGUGUCACAGGAGAAUGAAGACCUUCCUCUCUUUUUUGAUCCAGGGCAACAUUAUUCCUCCUAGCUGCCCUCUAAGCACUACUUCAUCCACUUUCAUAAACAGACAAAUAAACAAACAUGGCUAAGCUUU